GACACACGUAGUUUUAUCCAUAUCUGUGAGCUCGCCACGUUUGACUACCGUGCCUUAAGUAUGUUAAUUUCUAAAUACAGAUCACAGUUGAACAAGGGAUAUUGCUAAACCAACUAAAUGAAAGAUUUCAAAUAUGAUGACAAGAUCUCGAUCCGCCGAUGCUGCUAAGAGAAGCACUAGUUCUUUGGGAAACGAGGAAAUAAUUGAACGAAACAGCGACCAUGUAGACUUUCGCUCAACGACGAACGGUAUAGACAAAAAGACAACUGGCGAAAAAAACAUGAAAGCUCAUCAGGCAAGUCUUAAGGGUGACCAAGGAAAUAUAGCCGUUCUUACAUUUCUGUAUAUUCUUCAAGGAAUUCCUCUUGGGCUGGCCGGUGCCAUGCCAAUGCUGCUUCAAACACGUAAGGUCGCCUAUAAAGAUCAAGCCACGUUUAGCUUCGUAUUUUGGCCUUUUAGCAUGAAGUUGUUGUGGGCGCCUAUCGUAGACACUGUUUACUUUUCGCGAUUUGGCCGAAGAAAAUCAUGGCUAGUUCCUGUGCAAUACUUGUUAGGAAUUUUUAUGCUUGUGCUUUCAAAGCACAUAAACAAACUGUUGGGUGAAAGUGAUGAAGAAGGGCCCAGUAUUGUCUUUCUAACAGGGAUCUUCUUUUGUCUCAAUUUCCUUGCUGCAACUCAAGAUAUAGCUGUUGAUGGUUGGGCACUGACAAUGUUGUCCAGAGAAAAUGUUGGCUGGGCAUCAACUUGCAACACAGUUGGGCAAACUGCAGGAUUCUUUAUGGGAAAUGUUGUAUUCUUAGCUCUUAGUUCUGCAGACUUCAGUAACAGAUAUCUUAGAACACAACCAUCAUCUGAUGGAGUUGUCACCUUUUCAGGAUUUUUUUAUUUUUGGGGAAUUGUUUUUUUAAUCACCACAACAUUAGUUGGGUUGCUGAAACGAGAAAAGUCAGAACAAGAACUCCAUGGAGAAGAGUCUGUGGAAGGAGUAGUAGAUGGGUACAAGACAUUGGGAAAAAUAUUGCGCUGUCCCAGUAUUUUGAGUUUGAUUGUCAUCUUGCUCACAUUUAAGGUUGGCUUUUCUGCAGCAGAUUCUGUGACUGGUCUCAAGUUGAUUGAAGCAGGAGUUCCUAAGGAGAAUCUGGCUCUCCUUGCUAUUCCCAUGGUCCCCAUACAGAUUUUGCUGCCUCUUUAUAUCAGCAGAUAUACUGCAGGUCCGCGUCCUCUUGAUUUGGGUCUCAAGGCAUUUCCAUACAGACUGUUCAUGGGUGUGGUAAUCAUGAUGUGUGUCUGGUGGGCUAAUGUUGUGCGUGGACCUGGGGAGGAAUUUUUUCCAUUACACUUUUACAUAGUAAUUCUGCUGGUGUAUGCAAUCCAUCAGGUGGCAUUGUAUUGCAUGUUCGUUUCCUUCAUGGCUUUCCACGCCCAGAUUAGUGACCCGCGGGUUGGUGGGACUUACCUGACUCUUCUUAACACAGUUACUAACCUGGGAGGAAACUGGUGUCAGACUCUAGCGUUGUGGCUGGUGGAUGGACUUACCUGGACAAACUGUAUCGAUGCUGCUGUGCCUGGACUCCACUGCAGCAGCAAGACCAGUGCAAAGGAUUGUACGAAUGCUGGGGGUGUUUGUCAAACUGUGAUUGACGGAUAUUAUGUGGAAUCCAUCGUCUGUGUCGUCAUUGGUAUUGUAUGGUUGAGGUGGAAAGGUCAGAAGACAAGGUCUCUACAAGAUUUACCCGAAUCCGCUUGGCGAUAUCAGUAAAACAAGAAAAAAUAAGCUGUGUGUAAAAUAACUUACGUUACCGCACUGCGCUCUCUAUUCAAGAAUAUAACAGUUUUCGCAAGUACGGGGUGUUUUCGAUAAAUAACGGAAGCUAACAAAGAAAUAGCAAGUUUGAGAUACAUACGUAGUAACAGUUAAAAUCGUGAACAACAUUAGUAUAGCAGACCAUUUAUUUCAAACUUCUUUGUUAGAUGAGGCUCUACUGAAACUUAAGAGAAAAGGCAGAAGGUGUUUAAUGUUACCAUUAUCAAAAUGUAAAACGAACAAUGCUGCAUUUAAUUGUCAAUUCAAUGCGAUAACAAUCAUGUAUGCACGGGGGCACAUCCCAUUUUGCUCUGUCAAUGGUAGUGGUCAAAUCUGGGCACUCUCUUCACACGAUUUCCAAACUUAUUCCAAUUGAAAAUUUCAUGAGCUUAUGUGGAAAGCAUUUGAAAAGCAUAUGAAAAAUGUUGCACCUUCUAAGGAGUGUUUUAUGUGCUUUUCUUGUCCUGUUUCCAAGGACUAAACGUCCAAAAAAGUCGAAAUAACAGUUUUCUGUGACUUACGCCGAACGCCCCGGAAUAACUACCCGGUCUUCCUCUGCAGCGCUCGAGUAAAUGUUAAUGUAUUCGUUAAAAAUAAUAUGUAAACCUUGUAAUACGGUCAUUACGAAUUUAAAGCAACUACUAAUCUUGAAAAUGAUGAGCGGUUUAAUACACCACUAAACAACAUACUGUGGUCAAGGUACUAUAGCAGAUAUGCGUUUGGUACCAUUCUCUUGUGCAAACCAUUUUUGGCCAUUUUACAUGCUCCAAGCAAUGUAUUUCUACAAGAUCAUUGACCGAAUAGUUAAACAUAGUAUAAAUUGCGUUUCUUUAUAAAUGAAUCAUUUGAAGUGAAUAAAUUACUUUCCUGCGUAAACUAAGAGCCAUCUUUAUGAAAAAAGGUCAACGUUUCCAUGUAGAUAAAAAGCUUUUCUGAAAAUAAAGAUAGUUUAGAACUCGUUUGUUUUUGCUUAGCAACGCGAAACUUCGUUUGAGUUAAUUAUAUCUCAAUAUACUGUACAUACAUAGCAGUGCUGUACCUUAUUCACUUACAGCUGUAAAAUGCUGUUAUCACCAUGUCUAUCUUUCGUUAAAACAUUUCUUCAGAACGAUCUAAACGAUGAAUUAAAUCAGUUAGACUUCAACGAGUGGCGUCCCACAUAACUGAAUGGGAAAAACUUUAGUUUUAUAAUGAUAAGGAUGAAAACUUCCUCUAUGUGUCCUUCGGUUUAGUACGUUUUAGCUCAAUGGAAACACUUGUAUCAUCUAAAGUAAAUCGUCUAAUAAGGAAAAUAUUCCAAAUAUAGAAAUAAAAUUCGUUCGUUA